UUCAGUUCAGUUGCUGCGAGAUCUUUCCGUCGUUCAGAUUGCGUUUUUUUAAUCUUUCUUGUGGGGAAGUUCCAGGUGCAAAUCGUGCGAGUGCGAGCCAAAGGUAAAAGUUGGGUAAAAUGUUUUUUUACCGACGCAAAUGAACAUUAUUCUUGUGUUUUGAGAGAAAACGGGAACAAAGCAUUAUUUCAGUUGUAAUCUGAUACUGCGGACAAACAAUCGGGAAAUCAAUUAUCGACCGCUAGCGCAGUUACUGCAGACGGUGCAAUUUUUAGUGAAACUAUCGUUCAGUGAAUCCAAGCAAUCCGGGGAAAAAAUAGUGUGCUUCAGUUUGGUGGGUGAGAAAACAGGCAGAUGGCGUUGUAAACCUCUCGGAUCGGUUGGACAGCGAUGUGAAGUGGUGAUAACCUUUUGACUUGAAUCUGCCUACCGCGGCGAGGCGACACGCGAAACACGGAAGGACAAACGGCGUCGCAGGACCUACAUUUUUUUUAAUCCUGAGGCGGGCGAGUGCGACAUAGAAUGCCGCUCUGUCCCAUCGCCAAUUCGAACUCGUUCAUUAGUCGCAUCCGAACAACGGUAAUAGCAAAAUCGGAACGGAGGUUCCGCCUCGGCACCGUAUUACAGGGACCGAUAAACCAGGCACAAUCCGCAAAGCAUUGCCAUCCAAGUUGCCACUGUGCUGCAACCAAUCAUCGUAGCAGGUAUUUGUAAAUAAGCAGAAGGCGUAGAACGAAGUAGGCGCUAUUUCCGGAAUCACAAGCAGUAUGUGCUGAGUGGAUGAGCGAGUGGGAGCGGCACGGUGUGGGGUGUUAUGAGCGAUAAGAGUAGCGUUGUUGAUCGCAUGAUAACGCGUGACUCAGCGGCGGCGACGUUCGACGCGAAUUACAAUCGGUUUCCAAAACGAUUGUAAAACUUAAUUUACGGGAAUUACGCGGUAGUAGUCCGAGAACGAGGCUUCGGGGUGAACUUUAAUCAGCAACCGAAAGAACGCUUUUUUGGAACAAGGUUAUCAGCCAUAGCUCAGUAGCAGUAGCGAUGCCCUCCUGCAGUGGACUAAUUGAGGUGAUAAAAUAUCCAAGGGCCUUGUUCCGAACGGUGUUUGUGAUAGUGAACAACAUCUAUUGCGUCCCAACGUAUCUGGUAUGGAUGUUUUUGCUUUUGCCGUUGAAAAAGAUCAAUGAGAGCUGCUACUUCAAAAUUGAAGGGAUCCUGUUUCACUGGCUGCUGGCGAAUGUGUCCAUGUGGUCCUCGUCUGCUGGGUAUGAUUUGGUAGAACUGGGUGACGAUAUCAGUCCAGCAAUGGACGAACGAACGCUGGUCAUUGCCAACCAUCAGAGUACCUCUGACGUGCCACUGCUGAUGGCGGCGUUCAACGUGAAGAAAGGGGUGCUGCCGAACAUUAUGUGGAUCAUGGAUCGAAUGUUCAAGUAUACUAAUUUUGGAGCGGUUAGUUUGCUGCAUCAGGAUUUUUUCAUUGCAUCGGGCAAAUCUAAUCGAGAAAAGUCAUUAUUGGAACUUAAAUCGCAUCUCAGGAAAUCUUACAUUCCACGGCAGCGAAAGUGGAUGAUGCUAUUCCCGGAGGGAGGCUUCCUCCGCAAGCGGAAAGAAGUUAGUCAAAGAUUUGCAGAAAAGAAUAAUCUGCCAACGCUGAACCAUGUCACGGUUCCUCGGGUUGGUGCCAUGAAAACGAUCGUAGAUGUGCUCGGUUCGUUAGACUCACCCUGUCUGGAAGAGGACAAGAUCAUGAAUAAUAGUGGCUAUGUGGACAAUACGAUGUCAAUCGUCACCGAUGGGUUCGAUAGUAGUUUGAUCAACGUAGACCAUCAACAGCAACAACAGCAGCAGCAUCAACCAAAGCAGUACGAUGUCACAAACAACAGCAGUAGUACCAUUAUCAAUAGUGAAGCAAUAAAUACCGAUGACUGUGAUAGUUUUAAGGAUUCACCACUCACUAAGUUAAACGGCAAGAUGAACGACUGUUUAGAGUACAUUCUAGACAUUACCAUCGGGUAUCCCAAUGGGAAGCCACUAGAUUUACCAAACAUCGUGCACGGCCUUAGGAAUCCGUGCCAGACUUAUUUAUUUUAUAGGUUAUAUCGUAGUUCAGAGGUUCCUCGAGAUAGCGAAUCUCUCACCCAGUGGCUGUACGACCGGUUCAUCGAGAAAGAGAAACUGCUUGAUGAGUUCUACCGAACCGGCAUGUUUCCGUGUGGAUCAUCAUCCAUGUUGCCAACCGUGAUACAGCAGGAUCUGCUCCGGUUCCUUCUAAUUCAUCUGUUCUUCAUUACCUCCACUUACGUCCAUUACCAGUUGAUACUAAUGCUUAUCAAUUACUCAAAUGUUAUGUACGUGUAUCUUCUCAAUGAUAGCUAAGCUCCGUUAACGGUCAGGUCAAACCUGCGACGAGGUGAGUGAGAAUCAUUUAAACACAUUAACAAAGACUAAAGACAGGUUUAGCAGAUAUUUAUGAUCAGAGCUGAAACGAACGCACGAUACCAAGUUUUAUGGAGUGCUCAAUUGAGUGACACAAAAUGUUUAUAAGUAGCACAGGAUCAGAAGCAGCAAAUAAUCUUAUGAAAUCGGUGGCCCCACUGAAUCAACAUUCACAAGAAGCGGCAGCAAAUUAAUUAUUCUAACUAUAGUUCUUGUAUUAUCCUUUUUUUGGAUUUCUUAAGAAACGUUAUUUUAAAUCCGUUCAAAGAACACGUAACUCCCGUAAGAGGGAAUAAUUUUCUUGGUGCAUAAAUUAUAAUAGCAUAUGUGUGAAGCCAACAAUCGUUUUUACAAAGCUGACAAACCCGAAACACACCUGAUGAUAACAUAUAGCGAAUCAUCGGUUAGUUUGAGAAAGCUUCAGAAAAGUUGAAAAACUCUGAGGUGCAAAUGUUAAACAUAAAACCACAUUUAUUUAACAAGCUCAAAAACAAUAAACAAAGAGUUACACACAACAGUUCAGCAUUAGAUGGGUGGUAGUAUGUAAGGACACAGCAAGAUACAAACAAAACAGGCAGUUUUACAAACAAGUUACAAUCCAAUAGAGGAUAAGAAGGAAAGCCGUUUUCUGAAGUACUGAUUUUCUUAUUUCUGAAAGUUCAAUCAAUUAUUUAAACUUUUAGUCUAUUAAAAUGUAAAUACAACUAAUUUUCUAGGAAUUUCUUGAGUUAACUCAACAUGCAUAAAAUCGGAUCGAUUACAUAAUAACAGACCUCCCCAUGUCUGAAAGGAAGUGAAUGGUGACUCUCUAACUAGUGGACACAAGAGAAGGGAAACUCGGUUAUUUGCGAAUGUGGAUGAUUUUGUAUGCGAGAGAAUGAAUGAAUAGGACAAAUAUCGUUUUAGCAGUGACAGUUCGGACAUUCCCCAUUAUCAGAGAAUUUAGGCUGAUUGAUCUCAGAAUUGAAUCAAAAUUUCUUUGAAAAGCAAAAAUGCAUUUAUGCAUCAAAUUUUGAAAAAGACAAAAUAAUUUGAAUUUUUGCCCUAAGUGUUAAGUUUUUUUUAGAAAUAAAUAUUUGAUGAUGGGCAUCUUAUCAGGAAAUUAUUUACAGUUGGCAAGGACCGAGUUGAAUUCUGAGAACUCUGGGCUAAUCUCGAUUGGUAAUGGGGAAAAAAUUCGACGUUUUAUUUGAUUUGCGCACAUUACUGGAGUAAAUGUAGCACAAACUGAAAUGUGUGUGUGUGUGUAGAUAAGGCCACAAAAACAGCCGGGGUUAGAUGGGGCGCAGUCGCGCAGUAUAGCUUUAUUAUAUCUACUUUGGCCAAGAGUGCUUUUGUUUACCGUUGAGAUUGAAACGCCUUGCGUUAUCAAUCAUUUAAACCGUAUGACACAUUUCAACAAUAGAAACAGUAGAACGCAGUAACAAUGUUCCUUUUUCCCAUUUUGCUUUUGAAAAGUGAGAAUUAUUGGAAGAAUAAAAUGUCAUUUCAUUGUA